UUCGCAGCGAUUGUAUCGAAUUCAGAGAGAGUUUUUGAAUAGUGAGACGGAUCUGUGUGUGAUACAAAUUAAUACGCGUGUGUGUGUGUGUGCGAGACUAUAAAAUGUCCUCAAAGGUGCUGAGCAACUUAAUGGCCGAGAGCCUGUUGAUUAAUAAAGCAACUCAAAUUAUCUCAGGCUAUUCGCCUAUAACAAUCUUCUUGGUAACUGCCAUAAGCAUCUUCUUAGUAAUUUAUAACAAAAGGCGCGCGCGCUUGGUUAAAUACAUUGAAAGGAUACCUGGACCGGCUGCUUUGCCAUUUUUGGGAAAUGCUAUUGAAAUGAAUGUGGAUCAUGACGAGCUCUUCAAUCGGGUCAUUGGCAUGCAAAAGCUUUGGGGCACACGCAUCGGUAUCAAUCGCGUCUGGCAGGGCACAGCACCGCGCGUGCUGCUCUUUGAGCCCGAAACCGUCGAGCCCAUACUGAACAGCCAGAAGUUUGUUAACAAAAGCCACGACUAUGACUAUCUGCAUCCUUGGCUGGGCACUGGACUGCUGACCAGCACCGAUCGCAAAUGGCACUCGCGCCGCAAGAUCUUGACACCUGCUUUUCAUUUUAAAAUCUUGGAUGAUUUUAUUGAUGUGUUCAACGAGCAAAGCGCCGUCUUGGCACGCAAGCUGAGCGUCGAGCUGGGCAGCGAGGCAUUCAAUCUGUUCCCCUACGUCACGCUCUGCACCUUGGACAUUGUAUGCGAAACCGCCAUGGGACGCAAAAUCUAUGCACAGAGCAAUAGCGAAUCGGAAUAUGUGAAGGCGGUGUAUGGUAUUGGGUCCAUUGUGCAAAGUCGUCAGGCCAAGAUCUGGCUGCAAAGCGAUUUGCUUUUCCGCCUCACCGAGGACUACAAGACACAUCAGAGCUAUAUUAAUACGCUUCAUGGCUUCUCCAACAUGGUGAUACGUGAGCGCAAGAGUGAGUUGGCCAUGGCCAAUAAUAACAAUAACAACAACGACGAGAUGCCCGAUGCAUACGAUGAUCUGGGCAAGAAAAAGCGUCUGGCCUUCCUCGACCUGUUGAUUGAUGCCUCCAAGGAGGGCACAGUGCUGUCCAAUGAGGACAUACGCGAAGAGGUGGACACAUUUAUGUUUGAAGGACACGACACCACCUCAGCAGCCAUUUCCUGGACACUCUUUCUGCUUGGCUCCAAUCCAGAGUACCAAGAGCGCGUCGUUGAAGAGCUGGAGUCUAUAUUCGGCAAUGAUACUGAAACGCCAGCCAGCAUGAAGAAUCUGCUGGACAUGCGCUACUUGGAGUGCUGCAUUAAAGAUGCGCUGCGUCUUUUUCCCAGCGUGCCCAUGAUGGCACGCAUGGUGGGUGAAGACGUUACCAUAGGCGGCAAGCUGGUACCCGCCGGCACUCAGGCCAUCAUCAUGACAUAUGCUCUGCAUCGCAAUCCGCGCAUUUUCCCCAAGCCCGAGCAGUUCAAUCCCGAUAACUUUUUGCCCGAAAACUGCGCCGGCCGUCAUCCGUUUGCCUACAUACCCUUCAGUGCGGGUCCACGCAAUUGCAUUGGCCAGAAGUUUGCCAUUUUGGAGGAGAAGGCUGUCAUCUCCACAGUGCUGCGUAAAUACAAAAUUGAGGCUGUCGAUCGACGUGAGGACCUAACGCUGCUGGGCGAACUUAUCCUGCGUCCCAAGGAUGGGCUGAGAGUGAAAAUCACGCCGCGUUAUUAAGCCACGCAGCCAGCGUUGUGCCAGAGUUGAUCCAAAGUAUUUAACUUGUAAAUAUUUAGUUUAAGUGUAAGUUUAAGUUUAGCACAAAUAACAGAU